GAAUUACAAGAAAUUGAGGAAACGAAUAUCAAAGAAAAUCUGAACUUAAAUUCUAAACUUUAUAAAAAUCUAGUAUAUUUUUAUAAUAAGAAUAAUAUUGAAGAAAUAAGAAAAAUCAUGAAAGAAAUUGAUUACAAAGAAUACAACUUUGAAGUAGAUACUCUUAAAAUAGGUGAUGCAAUAAUUAAAAAGUUGUCAAAGGGGAUAAAACUUGAAUUUGAAGAUUCUGAAGCUGGAAGAUAUUACGAGGGACAAGAAUAUUCUACUCCAUUAUCUAACAAGAAUUAUUCAAAUGGUGAAAAUACGCAGAUUAAAGAUUUUUUAACUCACCACGAAGUGGAUCAAUCUAUAAUUAGCACUGACUUAGUAACUUCAGAACAGGUAGUUAAUACAAUUUCCAAUAUAUCUAACCUUAAUGAAACUUGCUCCAAAAAAUUCAAAUUAUUAGAAGAUAAAGAAAUUGAUGUCUUUUUAGAUUUAGAAAAUAAGAAAAAGGAUACCUCAAUGGAAUCUGAAAAGACAAUAAAUUUAUCAUUAUGUAAUACAAAAACUGUGACAAAAUGUCACAAUCUUAAUAAUUCUGAUAUUACCUUUGAAAUAAUUGAAUUAGACAAUUAA